AUGAAUUUCCAGGCGCCCACUUUCCCAGCUGUGAAGUUUAUCCCUUCAACUGAAAAAGAGACCAUAUUAAACAGCAAUGCAUUAAUUCUGUACGCCGUUGGCGGCGAGACUCUCUCCGAGGGAGGCAAUCACUGGUGCCUCUACCUAAAUAUUAGCCGAGGCCAGUCAGUGUGUAUUGAUAUUACGCCAUCCUAUAACGUUCCUGGUGUUGAAGUCCCAGGUGGGUCAAAAGCCUUUAUGCUUAUCAGCGUUUUGCCAUCCACCUCCUUCGCUGCGAAGAAGUCUGUGGCAAUGCAAGUUAGGGCUGGUGCCAAAUUGAAAGAUUUUGUCGACUUGCUCAUACAGCAAAAUCGCGACCAGUAUGAGUUCAACGCCCAGGGUCAGGGCUGCAGAUAUUGGACGGACGAUCAAAUUACGCUCUUUCAGAAAUCGGGUCUUAUCGUGAACUCCUCUCAAAUACUCGAGGCUAGAGAAGCAAUUCUCACGAAAUAUCCCAGUUUAGUCCGAAAUGAUGUCUACAUUUGUUAUGAUCUCUUUCUUGACGAGUGCGAUAAACAACUUCGGGCUGAAAUUUCAGAUACCAUUCCCUCGCAGCGACCAAUCCACAUCAUUACACGGAGGGCAAAGGUCUUUAUCGUGCGGAGGGAUGAGCGGAUGGACGUAAAGGUGGCUGGACGAUAUAUGGACAUGAGCAACCUUGAUAAAGGACCACGAACCUUCUUCUCAGAUUUGAGCGAUCCGCCUGUCUAUGCUGAAGAUGGGCGGCGUAUCGAGAGCUGGGAGGAGGACUAUCCGAGGCCGUACUUGAUGACUCGAGACGGGAAGAAAGGCGAGGAAGGACCAGAUGAUAACACGGGGCCAGACCAACAAUUUGACGACACGCCUAGGAUUCAGAUGACGAGCCAAAGCGAUUCUACCGGAACUGAUUUUAAGCCUACAUGA